AUGUCGAAACUCCUUGCCUUUGUUUCCUUUGUAUUGCUGGCCCAGCAAGCCGCCGCCCAGCAACAGCAAGUCUGGGGUCAAUGUGGUGGUAUUGGCUGGACGGGUCCCACAAGCUGUGUCUCUGGAACAACCUGCGUCCAGCUGAAUGAUUGGUAUUUCCAAUGCCAACCAGGCUCUGCUCCGACAACGGUUGCCCCAUCCCCACCCCCUCCAACAACAACUGCUGCUCCUCCACCUCCGCCGGUGACCACAACGACCGCCGCCCCUCCUAACACUACGGCUCCCCCCACUGGCUCGCCAACUGGUAAUCGUGACCAAGCGUUCUGGGGAUCUUGUGCGGAUUCUAAUACGUUGAACAUUGCCGCCAACGCUGCUAUCCUGAGGUCUGACUUCGGUCAAGUGACUCCUGAAAACUCUAUGAAGUGGGAUGCCCUCGAGAGCAGCCGAGGAAACUUCAAUUUUGCUGGUGCAGACACCCUCGUCAACUGGGCUGUUUCAAACGGCAAGCUGAUCCGUGGACACACCUUGGUUUGGCACUCUCAGCUGCCUGGCUGGGUCAACAACAUCAACGACAGGAACACAUUGACCUCAGUCAUUCAGAACCACAUUUCCGUUGUGGCUGGUCGCUAUGCUGGCAGGCUCUACGGUACGUUUCAUGUAUCCGCCUUUGGAAUUACGAUUAACUUCACAUUAUUCACAGCUUGGGAUGUUGUUAAUGAAAUAUUCAACGAAGACGGCAGUCUCCGCUCGAGUGUCUUCUCUCGUGUCCUUGGCGAGUCCUUCGUUACUAUUGCUUUCCAGGCAGCGCGUGCGGCAGACCCCACUUCUGUGCUCUACAUCAAUGACUACAACUUGGACUCGAACAACGCUAAAGUGCAAGGCAUGGUCAACCUCGUCAGGCGCGUCAAUGCCAACUCGCAGAUCAUCGAUGCGCUCGGCACCCAGAUGCACCUGAGUGCCGGCGGUGCAGGUGGUGCGCAAGCUGCGCUCACUGCCCUCGCCAGUCUCGGGCUCGAGGUCGCCAUCACUGAGCUUGACAUCGUCGGCGCGUCUGCGAACGAUUACACCACGGUCCUUCGCGCCUGCCUCAACACCCCGCUUUGCGUCGGCAUUACUAGCUGGGGUGUUGCUGACGUCAACUCUUGGCGCGCAAGCAGCAACCCCUUGCUCUUUGACAACAACUACAGAGCGAAGGCUGCCUACACCGCUCUCAUCAACGCUUUGUAA